AUGCCAAGGAUAACUAAUAAAUUAUUCAGAAAAGCAAAAGAGAUAUCCAAUUAUCUUCCACCACUUUUGAAAGCAAAUAGAAGCAUUGAAAAAGCUCAAUUGGAAUUGAAAUGGAUUAAAGAAGAAUUACCGAGAAAAGAGUGGGUUUCAGCUGUAAACCAAAGAUCAAAGCUAGUACCGUUGCAGUAUAUACUUAGAACUCAACCUUUUGGUGAAUUAAAUAUCAUUUGUCGUAAAGGAGUUUUGAUACCGCGUUGGGAAACUGCCGAAUGGACGGAAUCACUAGCGAAUUUAUUGACUAGUCAUGGUUUUGAUGAUUUGAAUUUGUUAGAUGCAUGUACGGGAUCUGGAUGCAUUCCUUUAUUAAUGCAACAUAAAUUUUCCAAAAGUUGUUUGAAAUUGAAUUCCACUGGACUUGAUAUUUCACCUAAAGCUAUCAGUUUAGCUAAAUAUAAUUUAGAAAAGUACAAGAGCAACAACCCCACUUUUUAUGUACACCUGAAUUUCGAGAUAGCUGAUUUAUUUGAUCCCAGAUUAGGUGUCGAAUUACAUGAAACGAAAGAAAAUACAGUGGAUUUAGUAACAUCUAAUCCUCCCUACGUUUUAUCCAAAGAUUAUACUAAAUCGGUUCUACGAUUUGGCGUUGAGAAGUCGGUUAGACUACAUGAACCCGCUUUGGCUUUAUUAGGUGAUAAUGAAUUUUAUGAUCAAUUGAUAAAUAAUUUGGUAAUACCCUCACGAGCUAUAGGUUUCGUUUUUGAAGUCGGAUAUAUAAGUCAAGUACAGUUUGUUCGAGAAAUGUUAGACAAUGAAGUCUGGGGAGUUGGUUUACGCUAUGAUUCUGCUGGUAAUGUCAGAUGUGUAAUAGGCUGGCAAAAAGAUAAAAAACUAAGUGUACUUGAGUCGAUGUGUAAAGAAGUUUUUAAUGAUUAA